AUCAAACAUGUGUAUUAUUAAUGAGAGGGAGUUCAAUUUGUCUGCUCAAAGAUAGAGUUUGAUUAGAGAGAGAGAGAGAGGAAACUUCUCACCGAAGAAGAAGUUAGUUGAUUUGAUUAUAAAAGUCUUUGAUAGUAAAGUAAACCCCACCGAUUGAUUCACCCAGAUACCAUAGAAUCACAAUCAUCGUUUUUCCGUAUAGCUUCCGACCACUUUCCUGAUAAUGGGUUUGCCGGAGGUUGCCGAUUACGCUCAUAAUUUCGCCGUCAUGGUCAGAGUUCAAGGACCUGACCCGAAGGGCCUAAAGAUGAAUAGGCACGCUUUCCACCAUUAUAACUCUGGCAAUACAACGAUUUCAGCAUCCGGAAUGUUAUUUCCAGAAUCAUUCAAGGUUUCUCCUACUGUUAAGAACUUUAACGGUGAUAAUAAGACUGCACGGCUCAUUGUGACGGUUGCAUCAGUGAUUGAACCGUUUUUAUCACUGCAGCACAGGGAAAAGUUGUCUCAGCAGGACAAACCAGAGCUGAUUCAUGGUGCUCAGGUUGAAAUAAUGAUCGAGGGAAACAAUCGGUUUGAGCAUGACAGUAACGAGAAACAUCAUUGUUGGAUAUCUGCACAAGUUCUAUCAUUGGUUGAUGUUCCUGCAUCUUCUGUUGUUGUCGAAUCGCUUAUUCAAGCUUCUUCAGGAUCAGAACGUAGCUGGGAAGUUGGUUGGUCAUUGGCCAAAUACAACGAUGGUUCCCAACCUUUUGUUGAGGGACAUAGGGAUAUAUUGGCCGCAGAAUUAAGCAAUUCAAGUUACUUGGCCAGUUCAACAAUGAGACUUGCCCUUCUUAUUGUUCCCCAUUACAGUUUCAAGGCUUUACCGAACCUGAAAAUGUCACCCUCCUACAAGCAAGGUGACCUCAUUCUCACUGUGGGAUCUCCUUUUGGCAUUUUGUCCCCAACCCACUUUUUUAACAGUGUAUCUAUGGGUUCUAUUGCCAACUGCUACCCUUCUGAUUCAGUGAAGAGUUCAUUGUUGAUGGCUGAUAUCCGUUGUCUUCCUGGAAUGGAAGGUAGUCCAGUUUUUGGGGGAGAGGCGCAACUAAUUGGCAUGCUGACAAGGCCAUUAAGACAAAAGAGUAAUGGUGCUGAAAUACAGCUGGUGAUUCCAUGGGAAGCCAUUGCAACUGCUUGCAGUGACUUACUACUGCAGGAGGAGCCUGAAAAGGCAUACAAUGGAUCUUCUUUCGAUGAUGGACAUCUAAAGAAUUGUUUGCCAGAGGAGGAGUCUUCAUCGGUUAUCAAGAAGGCAGUGACUUCUGUUUGUCUUCUGACCAUUGACGAUGGAGUUUGGGCUUCUGGCAUUUUGCUAAACAAACAAGGUCUAAUCCUUACCAACGCUCACUUUUUGGAGCCUUGGAGGUUUCAGAGAUCAACUGUACAGAGUGAUACGAAUGAAGAUAUUCUUUUCACGUCGUCGUCAAAUAAUCAGCCUUUGCGGAAAGAUUUUUCAGCAGGUAAAAAACCCAUUGGUCGUAGAUUCGGGUUGAACAUGAUGAGCUAUAGAAGAAACAUUCGUGUCCGUUUGGAUCAUGAAGAUCCUUCGAUAUGGUUUGAUGCUAGGAUGGUGUAUGUAUCCAAGGGACCCUUGGAUGUUGCUCUUUUGCAGCUUGAGUUUGUGCCAGACCGACUUAACCCCAUUGUUGUCGACUUCACUUGUCCAUCCCCAGGCUCAAAGGUGUUUGUUGUUGGACAUGGAUUAUUUGGACCAAGAUGUGAUUCCCUUCCUUCUGUGGGUGUGGGGGUUGUUGCUAAGGUUGUUGAAGCAAAGCGGACUUUAACUAGUCAAACGGGCUUGCAAGUUAAUAAACGGGAAAGUUUCCCAGCUAUGCUUGAAACAACUGCAGCUGUUCAUCCUGGUGGCAGUGGAGGUGCGGUUUUAAACUCAGAUGGUCAUAUGAUUGGGCUGGUCACGAGUAACGCUAGGCAUGGUGGAGGAACGGUGAUACCACAUCUCAACUUCAGCAUUCCGUGUGCAGCUCUUGAGCUAAUCUUCAAGUUCUCAAAAGCAGCAACAGAUAUGCAGGACAUGUCACUGCUGGAAGAGAUGGACAGGGCGGACGAACACCUUUCUUCUGUCUGGGCAUUGGUUCCGCCUUCUCCCAAGCCAAAGACAACUUUACAAGGUGAUAUUGGACAAGACGGUAAGGGUUCUCGUUUUGCCAAGUUCAUAGCAGACACAAAAGAAGGUCAAGCUGGGAAACUGGGCCAAUUCGCCAAGCUGGCUAGGAUUUCUACAGAGUUCGCCCCAAGCAAAUUGUAACAAAUCAGAUCAUCUUCCAUCUCCACCUAUAUAUAUACAUAUAUAUGAGCAAACUUGGGACUAAUUGUGAUAGAAAGUCCCUGGAGGGUGGAUUUAUUUCCUGGCUUUUGCUAUUGCCUUUUGAUAGCUUCCCUUUGAUAUCGACAUUAUUUGGGAAGAUUACAUAUUUUAUUGUUGUUGUUGCUCAUAUAGAUUAAUCAUUUAGAGAUCAAGUAAUUCAAUAAUAAAUGUAAUCUGAAUAAGGAGAAAAACUGUCUGAUAUCUCUUUAUAAAAAUAAAUUCCUCACAUACC